CGCCACUGAACACAAACACGCAGACAGAGCAAGCGCCAGAAGAGAGCGAUCCUGAGCACAGCCGGCCAGUUUGUUUUAUUUUUCCUGCGAGAGAAAAGAAAACCAGCAGCAGUCAUGAGUCACGUGGACGUCAAGAACUUGAAGCCCACUAACUUCGAGGACCAGUACUACGACCAGUACGACUACUACAACCUCAGUGACAAGUAUACAGAGGGGGCGUCGCGCAAAGGCCGCUCGAAGAAGGAGGCCAGUGACAACACCAACAGGCACAACCCGACUGGACACGAACGCAAGAUAGUCGAGAAACUUCAAAACAGCGAAAAGAAGAGCAAAGAGUGAAAGUCAAAGGACCCGUCUGACGGCUCAAGCGGACACGACCUGCACUGACUAUGGCACGGGAGCGCCCACGUUUGUCCGUCCCGACGCCUACGUGCGUCCGGACGAUGACAUCGGCUGCGUGUGACCCUCACCAAGCACCCAAGCCCCUCCCACCCGCAACGAUGGCGCGCGUGUUGGCAGCGGGAACAUUUGGGUGUUGAUAAGGUGGAUUUUGGAGUAAAAUUUCAAAUGGUUGUUGACAAAAAAGAAACAUUAAAUAUAAUGUAAACAACACUGCC